AUGCCGCCAAUUCAACGAGGUAUUUCCCCAGUCGAUUUGAAACCAACAAGUACCUCGUUGAAGACGAAGGCAACCAGCCUUUACGCACAAGGAGCAGCAAAUGCCAACUUGCGACCCCUUGACCCUUUUAGAUCGAGACAUACAGAAGCCACAAGGUUCUUAGAUUUCUUAACGAGGGAAGAAAUCGAUCUUGAUUUGACCAAGUACCCACCGGUGGACAAAACGACACAGACGGGAAUCACUCGCAAGUACCGUCUUCUCCACGAGGAGAUUCGUCUAAGUGGCCUGUAUGAGUGUAACUACAUCUCAUACGUAUGGGAAGCGAUGCGCUGCGCACUGUUGAUUUCUUUGACAUGGCUCUUCAUGAAGAUGGAGGUGUAUUGGAUCAGUGCAGCUUUCCUGGGCUUGUUCUGGUCACAGCUCGUGUUCAUUGCUCAUGAUGCAGGGCAUAUGGGUAUCACCCACAACUUUACAAUCGACACCUUGAUCGCCAUGAUCAUUGCAGCUCCUAUUGGGGGUCUCUCUAUGGGGUGGUGGAAAAGCUCCCACAACGUGCAUCAUAUUGUCACCAACUCGCCUGAACACGACCCUGAUAACCAGCACCUGCCACUACUUGCCGUGAACCACCGGUUUUUGGGCAGCUUGUUCUCAACAUAUCAUGAGCGUUGGAUGCAUUUUGGAAGAAUUGCAAAAUUCUGGAUUCCAUAUCAGGUCAAAAUGUACUAUGUUGUGCUGGCGUUUGGGAGGUUCAACCUGUAUGCACAGUCCUGGCUGUUUCUGAUCCGCGGCCAGGGCCCUCGGAAAGGAGCCGCAUGGUGGCAUAGGUGGUUUGAAAUUCUCGGAAUAAUAACGUUCUGUCUUUGGUAUGGGUAUGGCUUGGUAUACAGUUCGAUACCCGAUAACUGGAAUCGCUUUACCUUCGUCAUGAUUAGUCAUAUGGUUAACAUGCCGCUUCAUGUGCAGUUUACUCUCUCGCACUUUGCCAUGUCAGCCAUGGACUUGGGGAAUGAUGAAUCAUUUGCCCAGAAAAUGCUCAGGACAACAAUGGAUAUUGACUGUCCUGAAUGGCUAGACUUUUUCCAUGGUGGGCUCCAAUUUCAGGCAGUACAUCAUCUUUUCCCAAGAAUUCCUCGGCAUAAUCUUCGGUCAACACAGAAGCUUGUUCAGAAGUUUUGUCGUGAGACCGGGAUUCCGUAUGCUCUUUACGGAUUCGUGGAUGGAAAUAAGGAGGUGCUUGAUCGUUUAUCGGUCGUCGGCAGACAAGCAACUAUUCUGGCUGAAUGCCAGAGGGCAGUAGCUUCUGACCAGCGAUAUUUUGUGUCGUAA